AUGCAUUCGCAGGUCCCACGAAUUGCCAGCCGCCUAGGAGGGAUGGCUCGGGCUGAAUUACCUCCUCCAUACCUUGCGCCGUCGCUCCAUCUCCCCGUCACCCUGUCGCCUGUUCAGUCUUCAAGCUUUUCUUCAACAGCCUCCGUUGCCGCCAAUCGUCGACGCGACAAGAGCAAGCACCGCGGUGUAUCAGCCAUCCACCGAACCGGUCCCCGAACUCCAUUCGCCGUGUCAAGAUGGGAGUUACCAAAGCCUGUGUCGCCGGAGGAUAUGGUUGCACGGGAACAAACACCCAACCACGGACUCUGGGGCUUCUUCCCUCCCAACCGCGAGGCAUUGAGCACUCCGGAAUAUGAUCAUUCUUUCGGUCGUCCUUGGUCUAUUCAAGAGCUUCGCGAAAGAAGCUGGGAAGACCUCCAUGGCCUGUGGCAUGUAUGUGUGCGGGAGCGCAACCGUAUUAUGACCUCAGACAUGGAGCGAAUCCGAUUGAAGCCUGGUUACGGUGAAUACGAAUCCGGUCAACGAGACGCAGCGAUUCUAAGCACCAUGAAGAACAUGAAACAUGUCCUGCGUGAACGUUGGUAUGCGUACGAGGAUGCCAAGCGCAUGUUCGAGAGUGGAUAUCGUCCUGACAACUUCACCGAGAAUACUCCCAAGGUUGAGCAGGUUGAGCAGGUUGAGCAGGUUGAGCAGGUUGAGCAGGUCGAACACCCUAUGUCUGGAGAACAACCCAAGGUCCAGGCAAACAAAGAGUAG